ACAGUCUGCUCAGAUUCAGCAGAGCAAGUAAGACCCACAGUGUGGAGUUAUUCAGACAUACUGAAAGCACACUCACACUCACUCCAACUCACUGCCUGCUGGUCUUUCGCAAUCAAAUUAAUCACUAAGACGAAUCAAGGAAUUUAAGAAUACAAGAAUUUGGCAAUUCCCUUAUGCUCCUGUCAAUCAUCUGAAGACAUUAAAGGUGCUGGGACAGAGACAGAAGCCUGUACCUGGAGAGUGACGCAUGUGUUUGGAGAAUGAGUCCGGCUUUAAAGGCACUGAUGGAGGGGUGUAGAUACCCGGGGAAAAGCCAGAAGAAAGGUGGAGUGAUGUUGGAACCAUUUGUCCAUCAGGUCGGAGGCCAUUCGUGUGUACUGCGAUUUGGGGAGCAGACCAUCUGCAAGCCACUAAUCCCACGAGAACACCAGUUCUACAAGAGCCUGCCACCAGAGAUCCGCAGAUUCACACCUCAGUACAAAGGCGUGGUAUCGGUGAGCUUCGAGGAAGACGAGGAAGGGAACCUGUGUUUGAUUGCGUACCCUUUGCACAGCGAUCCGUCUGACCAGGAGAACACCGAACCCCUAUCUGACAGAGAACCCAAAACCAAGAUGCUGAAGUGGAGCAAAAAGAAGGCGUCGGGCCUGCUGGAGAAUGACAGGAUGAGGCCGAGCCGCAAAGAAGAAAAGAGCAAAAGUCAUCGUGAGGAUAAAGCGGAGGUGUUGUACUACAGCCUGGAGAAAGGAAACCUGGCACCGCAGAUCAAACACAACCCCUGGAGUCUGCAGUGCCACCAGCAGCACCUGCAGAGGAUGAAAGAGAACUCUAAACAUCGGAACCAGCACAAGUUUAUCCUACUGGAGAACCUGACAUGGCGCUAUCGAGUUCCUUGCGUUCUUGAUCUGAAAAUGGGAACCAGGCAGCAUGGUGACGACGCUUCAGAAGAGAAGAAAGCCAACCAAAUCCGCAAAUGCCAGCAGAGCACAUCUUCGUCGAUAGGAGUGCGCCUCUGUGGGAUGCAGGUGUAUCACAGUGUAACGGGGCAGCUGAUGUUCAUGAACAAGUACCACGGGCGCAAGUUGAGUCUGGCCGGCUUCAAAGAAGCCCUAUGGCAGUUCUUCAGCGAUGGCCGUGUUCUCCGAAGAGAACUCCUCUCGCCGGUUCUCCAGCGACUCAAAGACAUGCGUGCCGUCCUCGAGGCCUGUGAGAGCUACCGCUUUUUCUCCUCUUCCCUCCUCAUCAUCUACGACGGAGCACCUGCACCGCCUCCUGUCAGAUCUCGAACUUCUCAUGGAGGAGAGGAGGAAGACGAAGAGGAGGAAGAUGACGAGGAAGAAGGAGCGGACGGGGAGCGUUCUCAGGUCCGGGAUAGUUCCGGGUCGUCCUCGCCAUUGGUGGACGUGAGGAUGAUUGAUUUCGCUCACACGACAUGCCGCGAUUACGGCGAGGACGGCGUCGUGCACGAAGGGGGAGACAGCGGAUAUAUCUUCGGCUUGCAGAAUCUCAUUAGCAUUCUGUCGCAGCUCGAGGAGAACAGCAACGAUUAAACCAUGUUGAAACGAUCGUCUGUGCACCGACCGCUAUGCUAGGCUUAUAGUGGAUACCUGGAUAAAGGUAACCGGGCUGAAGGCUACGUUCCAAACCCCUCAGAGCUUUAAUCACGCCCCGGAUUCGAGGCAACCGGAGGGGCAAGGAAAAGGUGGAAGGUCUUAUUCUGAAAGACCUUCAGGAGCUGAUGGGACUGAACUGCUCACACUUUGGCUUUUCUUUUCAUUGUUUGUAAUAUCUAGUGUGGUCCCUCUCUCCUCUAGCCAUGUCUACUUUCUCUGUAUGUGAUAGCAGGAUGGAAACACACCACCAUCUGCAAACUGGCAGAUGUCUUUCUCAGUUCUUGCUCAGAAAUGCAGAAAGAGACAUUCUUCAUACACUUUCGAAUGAGAUUUGGAUUUGUAGCAAAUACGGAAAAAAAAAGAGUUGUGGAUCUUUUGCACAAAAUAAAUAACAUAAGCCAUUAUUCUACAAACAACUCACAGACAUCAAGGUGCUUUAUAAAUGCCGUGAAGACCAAGAGAGAUUUAAUACUUAAGGAAGGAAAGUGAAGUGAAUACUUAAGGAAAGUUAAGGAAAGAGACUGUUAUUUAAAGGGAUGAACAGACCGAUUUUUAAUCACAGACACUUUAUGACACUUGUUUAUCUUCGUACUUCAUUCCGUAGUUCACAGGACGCUAUAGGAGAUGCUAUAAACAGAACUUUAUUUAUUGACGAGUGAUAAGUCUAUGAUGAACGGAAAUGGGAGAAUUUGACAUUCCAUCCUACUGUAUUGUUGUUAUAAUGUGAUCUUUAUAGGAAUCAGUCCUGGAUUUCACUGUGCUCUGUCUCUGUUCAACACGACACAAAACAAAUAAAAUAACUUGUAGUGAAGAACACUAA